AUGAGAAACAAACCCCGCAUCUCCAUAACUUUGCACCCCCGCGGCAAAAACUCCCUAGGCGAGAACCGCCGCCGUCUCCACUACGCCGCAUACCACUGGGGCAUCCUGAUUUCUCCCAAGAAUUUCAAGUCCAACGAUGGAGAGCACACCCAUUUCGACGUCACAGACUCCCUAUUUGUCCAUGCGGCCACAGGAGAAGCGAGCGAUGACUGGCGAUUCAGGGAACGCACGAGUCGAGACCCGGAUGUUGAGUUUCAGAUUCUCGUAAAGGUGCUUGUUGGGAAGCUUGAUACACAGUCUGUGACUGUUAAAGAGGUGGAGAGGAGAUUGAGAGAGGUAUACUUGCCAAGAAAUGGAGGAGAUAUGGGCAAAAAUUGUGUGAGUUGGACGAAGGAAGCGGUUGGGGUGUUGGUUAAGAUGGGAGUUUUAGGAGGGUUUGAUGUUCAAAAGGUCAUGGAUGAGGCCUUGGAGUUUGCUGAUUGUUGCUUGAGAGAGCAGAAGGGUCUGGGAAAUGUUGUAGAUCAUAUAGAAAAAAGGAAAUGA